ACGAUUUGUAAAUGAAGAAAACACAAUUGUAAGAUCUCGGUAGUCUGCAGAAUAACUUCAGCGCUCAUGGAGUUCGUUUGAAACCUUUGGAUUGUUAAGUUUAACCAUUUGCUUUGUCUGUUGGAUCUCCCCACUUUUAUUAGGAAAAUAAAAGCUUCAUUUCUUCGUUGCCGAAGUCUUUGGACUUUUCUCUGGUGGGCUUCCCACCGAGCUAGAUGAAGAUCCAGACAUAUUACCAGUUCUCACUUGCUGGCAGCGACAUUGUGCUGUGCUGGUUAAUUCCUUUUUGAGAGUAACUUUUUGUUGUUCAAAUGCUGUUUGGGAGCCUUUGGCUUAGUUUCUCUCAGGUAGGGAAGCUAAUUUGAAGCCUUGAAGAAUGAUGGCUUCAGUGGUAAUUGUGCUAUGGGAAAUGGUUGUGGCCAUUGCUUUUGCUUGGACUCCCCAAAUACCUUUUGUAACAUAUACCUUUGGUUUUUUUUUGUGCUUAAGAAAGAUGACAUCAUGGAUUUAAAGAGACAUGGAAAAUUUGAGAAGAAAUACCCUCAUUUAGAAUUCAUUCUGUACCUCUUACAUUGAAUAGUGAUGUUGUGUGUCGAAUUGCUAACUUUGAGUUUAUUCAUAUGUAUAAUAUGGUUGGGUGUCUUUUCUGUUGUACAUAGUCAUUUUGUACCCUGAAACUGUUUGCUUUUGACCAUCCCAAUAUAAGCUUAUUAUUCAAUCUACAUGGACCCACGGGUUUGUUUUGCCCUUUAAAAAGCUUUUAAUUGUUAAAAUGGUAGCUGUUUAGUUUAAUAUUGGCUAGUUCUUUAAGCAUUUUUUCCUUUUCUAUUUUUAAAUCCAGGUGCUUUCCAUAGAAUUUGUAGAUUUUUUUUAGUGUCUUUGCUAAAGAAGUAAACUUGCACUAACUGUAGAAAAUUGGAAAGCCACUCUAUGUAUUAAUUUGCUAAUAGUCUUGAAAUUAAUGCAGUAAAACAUCCUGGUGGUUUGAGAGUGUGCUUUUUGACAUAAUAUGUUGCAUUGUUGUGCUAAAUCAUCAUUAGAUAUUGAUGCAACUUCAUGAUAUCCAUGACAUCAUUCUCUCCCCAUCACUUCUACUUUUGUAAUUCCUUACCAUUCUCAGUUACAAAAAGAACAGGAUCAGGAAAAAUAGCUUAGGAUGCCUCAAAUUCUAGAAGGGCCUUUAAUGUCUCUUUAUGUAGUAAAACCUUCAGUAAGAUUCAGAGCUGUGUGAUUGGUAACUAUUAUGAAGUGCAAGCAAAGAAAAUGCUAUAGCAAAGCCUGAGUUUUAUGAAAAUAUUGAGGUCCCCAGGAGAGGCUGUCUCAAAGAAAAACAAAUAUGUGCUUAUCUUUGUGAUUUCAGAGCUGUCAACAAUUCUUAUAAGAAACUAGAGCCAUUUAGUUAUAAAUAAUGACAUUCCCACUUCAUAAGAUUGUUAUGUGGGUCAUAAGAGCUGUCAAGUGGAAUGUCAUGGCCAGCUCCUCGGACAGUGAAGAUGACAGUUUCAUGGCUGUGGACCAAGAAGAAACUGUUCUGGAAGGGACAAUGGAGCAAGACGAGGACCCCCACCCAGUACUGGAUGUCGAGGAGCCUAGACAUAACAGGUCCAUGUCUGAGCUGCCAGAAGAGGUCUUGGAGUAUAUCCUGUCCUUUCUCUCACCGUAUCAGGAACAUAAAACUGCAGCCCUUGUCUGCAAACAGUGGUAUCGACUUAUCAAAGGUGUGGCCCACCAGUGUUACCAUGGUUUCAUGAAGGCUGUCCAGGAAGGAAACAUUCAGUGGGAGAGCCGGACUUAUCCUUAUCCUGGAACCCCAAUCACUCAGCGGUUUUCACACAGUGCAUGCUAUUAUGAUGCUAAUCAGUCUAUGUAUGUGUUUGGAGGCUGUACCCAGAGCAGCUGCAAUGCUGCCUUCAACGAUCUCUGGAGACUUGACCUCAAUAGCAAAGAAUGGAUCCGACCUCUGGCUUCAGGGUCCUACCCUUCCCCAAAGGCCGGAGCAACCCUGGUCGUGUACAAGGACCUGCUAGUGCUCUUUGGUGGCUGGACACGGCCAAGCCCUUAUCCUCUACAUCAACCGGAGAGAUUCUUUGAUGAAAUACACACCUACUCGCCCUCUAAAAACUGGUGGAAUUGCAUUGUGACAACCCAUGGGCCACCUCCCAUGGCCGGCCACUCCUCCUGUGUGAUAGAUGAUAAAAUGAUCGUCUUUGGUGGCUCUUUAGGAUCCCGGCAAAUGAGCAAUGAUGUCUGGGUCCUUGACCUCGAGCAGUGGGCAUGGUCCAAGCCGAACAUCUCUGGCCCUAGUCCUCAUCCUCGAGGUGGCCAAUCUCAGAUUGUCAUAGAUGAUGCAACUAUCUUAAUCCUUGGAGGGUGUGGUGGUCCCAAUGCUCUAUUUAAGGAUGCUUGGUUGUUGCACAUGCAUUCAGGUCCCUGGGCCUGGCAGCCACUCAAGGUAGAAAAUGAAGAUCACGGGGCUCCAGAAUUGUGGUGCCAUCCAGCCUGCCGGGUGGGACAGUGCGUGGUGGUCUUCAGCCAGGCUCCUAGUGGGAGAGCCCCCCUCAGCCCCAGUUUGAACUCUCGUCCAUCACCUAUUAGUGCCACUCCUCCAGCCCUGGUCCCCGAAACCCGAGAGUACCGCUCCCAGUCUCCAGUAAGGAGUAUGGAUGAAGCGCCAUGUGUUAACGGCCGCUGGGGAACGCUGAGACCCAGGGCUCAGAGGCAGACUCCCUCAGGUUCCCGGGAAGGGAGCCUCUCCCCAGCUAGAGGAGAUGGCUCUCCCAUCCUCAAUGGCGGGAGUUUAUCUCCAGGAACAGCAGCUGUUGGUGGUUCUUCCUUGGACAGCCCUGUACAGGCCAUAUCACCAAGCACUCCAUCUGCCUCUGAAGGAUAUGACUUAAAAAUGGGACUUUCUUUGGCCCCCCGACGAGGGUCUUUACCAGAUCAAAAAGAUCUGAGAUUGGGGUCAAUAGAUCUGAGUUGGGACCUGAAACCUGCUUCUGGUAGCAAUCAUGUGGAUGGUAUGGACAACAGGACGGUUACAGGGAGUGUGAGACACCCUCCAGAACAGACCAAUGGUGUCCAUACCCCUCCACAUGUGGCCAGUGCCCUUGCAGGGGCUGUCUCCCCUGGUGCCCUGCGUCGGAGUCUGGAAGCCAUCAAAGCAAUGUCAUCCAAGGGCCCCUCAGCUUCUGCAGCACUAAGCCCUCCUCUUGGGUCUUCUCCAGGCUCCCCUGGGAGCCAGAGCCUGAGCAGUGGAGAAACAGUGCCCAUACCCCGCCCAGGGCCUGCCCAAGGAGAUGGACAUUCCUUACCCCCCAUUGCCCGCCGCCUGGGCCACCACCCUCCACAGUCCCUCAAUGUUGGCAAACCCCUGUACCAGAGUAUGAACUGCAAGCCCAUGCAGAUGUACGUGCUGGACAUCAAAGACACCAAGGAGAAGGGGCGGGUCAAAUGGAAAGUGUUUAAUAGCAGCUCUGUGGUCGGGCCUCCUGAAACCAGCCUGCAUACAGUGGUACAAGGCAGGGGCGAACUCAUCAUAUUCGGAGGACUCAUGGACAAGAAGCAGAAUGUGAAGUACUACCCAAAAACAAACGCCUUGUACUUUGUCCGAGCAAAGAGAUAAUGUGUUCAAAACCCCUUUCCCUUCUGUGGCUUUUAAUUUGGAAUUUUCCAGUGUGUGAGCAUUUGGACUGAGAAUUGGGAAAACAGCAUUACUCCCCGAAACCAAAACUCCAAUUCCCAGCCUACUCAUGCCAGGCUGGGAUUAAAUCUCCAUUAAGAAAAAAAUUAUAUAUGAAAAAAAAUAUAUAUAUAUAUUAUAUAGCCAACUCUGUUUACAAAAAAGGGAGAGAGCUCCGUCCUGUUCAGAUAAAAUCGUUGCUGUGUUUUAGCAGAGGCUGUGCUGCCUUUUUCUACUUUGCUGUUAAAUAGACCAAGAAGUUAGGGAACAGACUAACAAUCGGUAAUGUUCCAAAAGAAACUGAAGAGCCCCUGUAAAUUUUUACGUGGCCUUCUCAGAAUUAGAAAAUGGAAGGGCAUAGACAAAAUGCAAAGGAUUUCAGCCCCCGCCCCAUGCUACAGGUGCUGGCAGGGUAAAAGUAAUUUAAAGAAAACUGUCCUUCCCCUUCUCUUAAAACCGCAGAGGACCUGUGACAGCUCUGCAGAGAUGCCCUGUGUCUGGUUUGCUUCUGCCCUCUGACUGAGGGAAGUCCCUCAGCAGGGGAUCUGUUCCACAUGUGCCAGGAUCAUCUUGAAAUAAUGUUUCCGACAUCUGUCUGCCAAGUGUCCAUUGGUCUUUUGAGUGCUCCCUGCAUGUCUCAGAAAACGUGGUAUCUGAUUGUGGAAUUUUCUGACAAUCGUAUUUGGUUGCAAGUUGCCAAAAACCAUGUUUGUUCUCCUUUUCCUUCUUUAGAAUCAGUCCUCCUUGCUGCCUUACCCUGUUUAUAGGCUGCUUUAUUCCCAAACUCCCCCAUUUUGUUUGUUUGCAUAUGGAUUUUUUAAAGCUCUGAAACCUUUCUCACUGUCUUUUCUUUUUACAAAGCUCGGGUGCCUGGAGAAAUCAGAACGCUUUCCGUGGUGUUACUAGGAGGCCAGUGUCAUGAAGAAUCCUUAAACCCUCAAGACACUGGGUUUCCCCUGUGGGCUUCUCUUACUUUCAAAGCACAUUGGGCACACCUGUCCAUGUUUGUGGAAUGUGAAAUUUGAUCCUGGAAGGGAAUCCUCACAACAGUUCCUUCCAGAAAUGUUUUUUUCCCCCUGUGACAUGUCAUCUGCCUGGCGACUGGGUUGAGCAUCAUGUUCUUGACCUUUGUGACACAUGGCUGACCUGGGGAGCAGAUCCAUCCUCUUAUUCAUGCGUCACCCAAGCAGGGCUUGGACUUAGACUUUGCUUCAUUUCUGAGAUAAGGUGCAGCCUAGUAGCACAUUUUUUUUGGUUAAAACAGAAAGUUGCAGGUCACUAGUCUAAACCAAGGCUGGACAUGAGAUGUCAAAGUAAGUUUAUUUCAAGUGGCACCAUUAAAAUAUGGAUUUUUGGCGAUUUAUCCUCAGUGGAUAGAGGACUUUAAUUUUGUCCUUAGGGCUUAAAUUUUAAAACAUCAUGUUUCUCACCCCCACGCUUGUUUUCUUGUUAGCAUUUCCCAAGCACAGGCCAGGGCUGCAGCUGGCCCUGAGUCCUGGCUCUUAGCCAGCGCUUAGCUGUCUGAUAAGUGUUUUCUCCGGUUACAUCAUGAUGAACCCUUCCCUUAGCCAUUUGCUCUGCCUUCGUGGUCUUUGUGGGACAGGCCCCUUGGUGCCAAGCCCAGCAAAGGCCCUUUCAUAGGGAGAGGUAUGUGUUCCAGAAACUGCUGUACAUGCUCCCUCAGAUGAGGAAACGACCAUGUGCCUACUUCUGCAGUAUCCCACUACUCCAAGCCACGUACUCGGCUUUCCAACUCCCCUGCUCUGCAGCUGUGGCCAGUCCCUCCCUGGCCAAGACCAUCUAAUCAUGUGGGGUCUUGAUUCACAAAGCGAAGCCAGCCCAGAAGAUCAGCAAUUUCUGCAUUGCUGCUGCUACUGCUGCUGAACCUUGGUCAUGACAUUGUGUUUGUGCAUGGACCGUGCCUCCAAACUUAGUCCUACUUCGAUAUCAACUACUCGGAAGCCUGAAAAUUCAGAAUCUCCACUUUGUAAUCUUUCCCUUUGUCCUGUGGCCUUCUUAACCUAGCUGUAAGCUGUUGGUUCCUUCUACUUUCCCCCAAGUAGCAGGCAGCGGAAAUGCUGGUCCUCUUAGAAAAUAACCCAGUUGCUCUGAACUCCGUGGCACCCCAGUGUUACCCACGCUGCUGGGAACCAGACUGUCCGUUUACAGCCCUGAGGGAAAAAUCUGCCUCAUCCGCACCCGGUGGCUCCUGGGCACUGAGGGCCUUUGCUGUGGGAAGGCGACUCAGCACAGUCAAGGUGAUGGUCUCCUCAGCCCUGGCAAGGCCACACGCAUAGUGAGACUUCACGUGUCUCGGCUGAGGUGAGUGUGCCCACAGUGCCCUCAGAUCAGAUUUGACCACGACUCCGUUUCGACGGCGAUAACAAUUUUGUCUUAAAAUUGACUGAAAGAAAGGAGACAAAAUACUUUUUUUAAACCCUCAGGAGCACCUAGCAAAUAUUUAACAGUAUUUAAGUAUUUAAAAAUACAUCUUGUUUCUACUUGAAGCUUUAACCCUUCCAUUCCUGCAAGUGUGCCUUUGAGAGCCCCAGGUGAUAACUGUCUUCACCCGUCACCACAUUGACCUCGUGUAGGAAUUUUAGUCUCUUCUACCUUCUUGAACAGAGCUUCCUGUUCUCAUCCCACAUCGUGCAGCGGAGAGCGUUUUGUGUUGUCCCAGUUUCCACCCUUCCUCCACACUUGGAUGGUGGACUCUUCAACCCUGCCCUGCCCCCAUAUUUGGGAGCACCAAUUAGGUGUCAAAAGAAGUUUAAAUUUUGUUUUUAAGGCAAUACUGGGCUUACUCUCCUCCUACCCUCUGUGGGUUUGUUUAAUGUUUGAGUUGCAAAGCAAGAGCUGAAACCAUGAACUGUGUGGGAACUGUGUUGUAACUCUAAAGAAGAGGAGGAAGAAAGAAAUCCAUGUGAGAUGCUUGACUUUGAGGACAGAAAGCCACUGGCCUAUGGAGAGCAAGGGGACAUCUCCUUCCUUCACCUUGUCUUUCUGGAUUUUCUUCUGCUUCGCUUGUUUCCUUCCCUUUCAAAGUGAUGUACCUGGUUGGUUUGUCUGUCCGUCCUUGUCCUUGUGGUGGUCCUGGCAUGGUGAUGUGCUCUGCUUUGCAUUAUCUAUGGUCUCACCAGCGCACAAGUCAGUGGGGAGGAUCUGAACGUGCCCGGGGGCCAGGAAGCCUAUGCUCAGGCAGCCUCCCUGGAACUGCAGAAGGCAUGUUCUGCAUGUCACCAGUGUGUGGCUCCCUUUCACCCUGUUCAUCGUGAACAUGGGCAGACCUUAGUGUUGGCUCUGGUGUACUCUCUCCCUGCUCUGCUCCCCUCCCACCAACCAGGGUUCAUGUCAGUGCACCCAUCGUGCCUGGCAAAGCUGGUGCUGUGAGUGAUGUUUCCCAUACGACUCAGGGCUGCCAGGUGGCUCCCCCUGAGACAGUCAUUUUAGGCACAUAACAGUGUAGGAAUGAAAUGGAUUUCAUGGGUAUUUAAAUCUGUCAAUUUCAUUUUUUGUUAAUGUUUCCCCCAAUGACUUUUUAGCAAUUUAACAAAUAAAACAAAAUGGACAGAAUUGU